AUGUUUUCGCAAUCGCAGGUCCUGCGAUUGACACAACUCGACACACAAGUUGGCGGUAAAGCAGCGCCCGGCGCCAAAACCAACGUCGCCGCUUUCAUCGAUGAGGUUAUCACGCGUGCAAACAAGUUGGAAGAUGGCGAUGCGGCUGCGAAAAAGAAGAUCGUUGAAGCCAUGAAGAAGAUGGCUGAGAUACCAAGCCGCUUGGUCAAAGUUUUUGCCUACAUGCGCGAGGAGCAGAUGAAGAUUGACCGGGGCCUGAAGUUGAGCAAAUUUACAGAAUCAUGGAAUGUGAUCGCCGGCUUGCUCGAUGCCGAUUCCAGGGCUACACUGCAACAACAGAUUUUCCAUGAGCUACUCGAGAUCCUGGAGCACAAUGCACUCUCAUUCCCAUACUUCAUAGCUCUUUCAAAUGCAAUUCUGACGGAGGUCAAAACGAUGAGCGCCAAGCCGUUGAGUUCUGUCUUCGAGUCUAUAGACAAGCGAAUGCUCCUCGACCGUGAAGUGAACAAACGCUGGAAAGAAGUUUUCACCGCGCUGAUUGUCGAGGUCUACAAAAGUCAGCUGCAGCUCACAUUGGAUGGCACGACACUGGCCGCUCCCCUCUACGUCCGUGAGAAGCUGACCAAAUGGAUGCAGCUAGCGAAACAUUGGUCGCUUUUUGACGCUGCCCUCGCCGCAUGCAGAGAAACUGGCCAAUCACAAAUCAUCAACGAAUGCCAGCAAAGGUUCCAAGCGGCACUCCGAAAAGCCGCAGCUGACUCCCGCCCACCAUCCACCGUUCCUGCCGAUGAGACCACCGCCGAGCGAGCUGCACCAGUUGUGGAUCGGGCUGUUGUUGUUGCGGCUUCGUGGCGAAUUCUGAUGAUGACAAAGAGCAGUCAGGAUGAUAAUAAACGGACAAUGGCCAUGCUGGCCCAAAUCGUGCGUGCCUGGCGUUUCGAUGAGGUGCUCAGCGACGAGGUGUUCGAGCUGGUCUCCAUCUUUGCCUCCAUUGCCGAAGAGCAGCAAUAUCUGGGAAAAGCGAUGCUCGGGCUAUUGAAGACGGAUUGCGCCUCGACUUUGCGGAGCGAGUUCGGCUUCCUCGCCGCCGUUCAGCUGUGCGGAAUCGAAAGAUUGCAAAAACAAGCCACCCAGGAGAUGAAGCGCAUCUUCUCUCGCAUUUUCAAGUUUGACGAGGCGACAUUUGAUAUGGGCUGGCUUCUCGUGGCGUGUGGAGGCACGAUUGCCGGUGAUCUGAAAGAUUUGAUGAAAUGUCUAUCCAAUCGAAUGGCCGACAAGCGGAUUUGCCAAAUGCUCGUGCGUGGUGCUGUUAAUCUGGCCUAUACCUUGUUUGAAUGCCAGCCGAGUCACCGGGUGCUGAUCUGCGAGGGACAUGCCACUUCCGUUCCGGAGAUCUGGGCCUCGGCCACGGAGCUUUUGAGGGAGACCAUAAUCCGUUCCGGGGACAAUUUGUCUUCGUUGAUCCUGCCCCUCGUUUCAACCAUCGCCACCUACUCGAACUCCUCCAACUCCAGCGCCGCGGUCGUUUUGAUCGACGUCCUCGUCAAGGUCGUUGAAUCCUGCACAGUCGAGGUGCUGAACAACUUUCAACAGUUGGAAGGCGUUUUCGAUUGGGUCUGCCGAAUGAGGCGUGACAUGGCUGUUUCUCUCGUCCGUUGCCUACUUCCGGUCAUCAACCAGCGUGUGCAGUUGAGGAAUGCCUUGUUCAAUUCACUGAAGCGAGAGCUGCUGAACUCGGCUUCAGUCGCGUCGGCCGUUCCUCUCCUCUUGCUGCUGUUGCGCUCGAUCAGCAGUAGACGAGCCACAUCUCUUUCACAGAACGAAAUGUCGCAGUCGUUUGCAACUUUUAGCACUCAGGUCCUUGGUAAAAUGGGCCUCACGCGCUCUAUCGACGAAAAUCUGGGCCUCGAAAUUGUUGGUUCCUUGAAGCGCUGCUUGGCCCAACCCGCAAAAACACGAGCCGCUCUCUACCGAGGAAUGAGCGAAGUUGUCGCCCGGAACGGAAUUAUCAUCGGCCCUUGCUUGGAGCUGCUCAUCUCGCACGCCAGAACACUGCCGGAAUGGAACCCGGCGGACAUGAUCGUCAGCUCGAAGACGGUCACCGAGGCCAAGGAUGCGCUUCCGCAGUUGAUUCAGGCAAUCGAGCACUUGGCCUGCUCCAUGAUGGUUUCGAUAGAGACGGGAGCCUCGCAAGCUGAAGCUGGUGGCGAGAUCCUCGUGGAGAAGGCCGAAGCUUUCCUCCUCGGCUGCUUGGAUAAAGCUGUUGAGAGAGAUGUCCAUGAUUUGAAUGUCGACAAGCUCUCCGAAUGGAACGUCGCCACCACCGAGGGCCGCGCGAAUUUCCUCUUUGCCAAGCUGAUGAUGGGCGUCUACGAUACGAUGAUUGAAUACGCGUGGCGACGUCUGAAAACGAACCCCGAGGAUGAUGACGUUGACCGGCUGAUUGGGGUGGUGAAGCGAAGGAAUGAGCUAUCUGACGUGCUCGCCGAAAGGCUGGUUCGUCGGAAGGAAGAGAAAACUGGUGCAGCCACACAAGGCGCAACAUCCGCUGACAAGGUCAUCCCGAUCGACUAUGCCCAAGUGGACACCGAUGUGUCGGGACGAACGCUGUCGCAGAUUCUGGAGCGCGUGAUCACGAUGGACGACGACAAAUCCGACAAACUUUGGGCCGUCCGGAUGGACCUGCUCACCUGGGCCAUCUCCUCCUCCCACAAGUGGAGCCAAAAGCUUGGCGCUGGCGCGAAUACCCUCCACACGGCGACGCUGCGCUUCAGCCACAUAGCCAGCAUCGCAAAGCAUUUGUUCAUAUUCUACACGGGUGGCGACGAUAAAAAUUCUCCGAAAGAAUGGCUUCGAGAGAUCCCCAUUUAUUCGCCGAUGCGCACCGAGGCUAUUGAGACGUACUCGAACAUCAUUCGCUACUCACUACUCAAGUACCGCGACAAGAUUACCGAGAAUGUGGUCCCGAUCUGGGGUGAUGACCGCAACCAGAGCGGCGAGGCCGGCGCGUUGUGCCGUCAUGGAAAUUACCUGCUCAGAUAUUCAUAUGUGGCUUUGAUGGCCUCUGACGAAAAGCCGGACGAGGCGAUGGUCGAGGCGAACGGACGGAAGAAGGGUCUCCCAGAGAUCGAGAAGCAAGCCAAGACCUUGACGGCCCUCUGCUCGAACCUCCUCGACACGGCCAACCACUUCUCCAAGAAAUCUCCGCAAAUCUUCAUCAGGGCUUACGCGGAAGUCCUGAAGAAAAGCCACUUUGAAAAUCCGCACGUGAUCCGCGACUUUCUGUUUGCAUUUUGCACGGCCGGACUUCGCCUCUGCUGCCCGGCCGGGAUGAACUCGAUCCGAAAUUGGUGCACCGGCGUCCCGGAUGCGAUUGUGGCCGUCCACCAGGGCGAUGACCCCGACGAACUUUACAAAGCCUUGACCCGCUCGUCGACCAUCGCCUUUAUCGAUUAUGCGGUGAUGUAUGUCGAAAAGAGCAUGAACGCCGUCCGCGACCUCGUCGCCUACACGAACGAGUUCAUCAGCAAGGAUGACUGGGACGCCAUCUUCUGCGAGAUCGCCGCCCGCAGCACGGCCAUGACGGACAUCUUGGUGAAGAUGAUGCAGCUGCAUACGGAGUUGAGCUUGGCCAAGGAAAAGAUCACCAACCUGCUCACCACGUUCUACAACUGCUUCGAGUUGGCCGUGAAACUGUUGCUCGAUAAUUCGAAGAGCCUCAAGAGCGAGAUGGUCAACUGGAAAUGUAUUGGCGAGCUGGGGGAGUUGGUGAAGGGACCGCUGCAUUCGCUCCUUGCCCAGUGUGACGAGAGCGUGGGUGACGUCGAGAAGGAUACAGCCGUCGCAACAGCCGCAAAAAUCGCAAAGCAACGUCGAGAUGAGGGCCUCUACGUCAAGUACGCAAGGGCCAGGGAAUCGCUGCAGGCUACGAUUUUGCGAUUGUCGGUGGCGUUGGACGACGAGCGACUUGAUCUUCAGGUCAAGAAAAACUCGAUCGGCUCCCGUGAUUUCCGCGUCGACUUGAAGAAGUUUAUGGCGAAGGCCCAGCGGAGGAGCAAUGAAAUUGAAGAAGCCGCGGAUACGACGGCAAACGAGACUGACCAGACGGUGGCGACUCCUCAGCCAUCGACGUCUGCGCAAUCGAACCGCGGCCGCAAGCGCGUCAACCAGGAGGAGGCCGAGACGCCCAACAACGACGAGACCCCGGCGCCGCAGCCUGCCAAGAAGGACCGCAAGCGCGGCAGCCAAGCCUCGGCCGAGACGACGAACAGCGAGGAGACGCCAUCCCAGCCGGCAAAGAAGGGCCGCAAGAAGAAAUCUUCCAUUUUA